AUGAAAGGAACAGGCACCCUUUUCAUGAGCAACAGACCAAGCUGGACACCCAGCACCGCACAGGCAAUCUACGGCACUUAUGGAAACCUCACCGAUAUCUCAACAAUGUUCGAAUCCAUGGCAUCCUCAUUAACACUGAACGCGCGAUCAAAAGUCUGCUCGGCGUCAGUGAAUGGAACAACAUGGACCGCGCAAUCAUCCAACCAUGUGCGUGCGCUGGUCACGCUCAGCUUGGUGUUUUUGGCUAUCACUGUGGUUCAUACGAGAAAUCAAUAUAUAUGGAAAUCCAGUCCGCUGGCUUUGUUGUUCUCGGGUCUAUCGGUUGAUAGUUCCGGGCCGUUGAAGACGAGUCCGACGCUUAGGAGUAUGGAGGAUACGUCGAGGAAAAUGGAGGUUUGGUUGGAGAGUUCGGCGGAAGGAAUCAGAUUGAAAGCUGUUCCUUCUUGA